CCCAAAAUGGCCCCCUCCGCAGUCGCCCCCGAAAACUCGACCUCCGACGUCCCAGAAUCCAUCCAGAAUCCCGCCGUGGCUCGGACCGGAGACCUUUUUUCACUCGGCAACCGCACAGUUGUGAUCACCGGAGGCGGUCGCGGACUCGGAGUUGUCCUUGCGGCGGCCGUGCUCGAAGCCGGCGGAGAUGUAGCGUGUCUAGAUCUCCUGCCCGCUCCAAGCGCAGAGGAAUGGGCUACCGUGCAGAAGCUAGCUUCUGCCCGGGGUCUCCAAGCUACAUAUACACAGUGCGACAUCACAAACGAGGAAACUACACAGCAGACCCUCGAACAGAUUGCCGCCGAGGGGCUGAGACGGAAUAUGCCUCUGCGUGGAGCGAUCACCUGUGCCGGUAUUCAACAGAUGGUUCCUGCGCUGGAUUACCCGAUCGACGGAUGGCGGAAGAUGCUGGAUGUUAACGUGAUUGGAACUUUCAUCCCGGCCAAGCACUGCGCACGCAUCUUCAAGGAGCAGAAAACGCCUGGAAGCAUGGUCAUGAUCGCUUCUAUGUCUGGUCAAAUCGCGAACCGCGGCCUCACAUGUACUGCCUACAACUCUUCCAAGGCAGCCGUUCACCAGAUGUGUCGCUCUGUUGCGCAGGAAUGGGGCCAGUAUGGUAUUCGUGUCAACACUUUGUCGGCUGGUUACAUCCGCACAGCUAUGACUGAUGCUCUUCUGCAGGAAAAGCCGGAGGUCGAGGAGACCUGGAUGCGUGGUGCGCUACUAGGCCGCUUAGGUGUCCCUGAAGACUUCAAGGCGCCGACAGUAUACAUGCUGGCCGACGGCAGUGGAUUCAUGACUGGAACUGACUUGAGGGUUGACGGUGGACACUGCGCUUCUGCUUAAUAAUUGAACGAGGCCGCCUCAGAAUGGCAUACUUUGGCGUUUUAUUAGAUGGGUAAUGAACACUAGAUAGAAG